AUGACCGACAAAGACACUGUAUUAAUUCUUUUCGACAUUUUUUUCUUUCUGGCUGGAGUUGUUGGCUCUGGAACAGCCUUUUAUUUCCUCGACAAGCGGAUGGACCGACAGCGAAAAGAGAAAAUCGAGAAAAUACUGGAUAUGGAAGUGAGUAUCAAUUUUCGAGGUUCUCAAAUCGUUUGUAAUUGAGCUCCGGAUAAUUUAGAAUUAAUUUUAUUCAAUUUCAGAUCCAACUUGGCAAGCUAAAAGCCACUGCCGUCGCGGAGGAAGAGGUCAUAGGUCAUAUCAAAAAAGUGGGGGAAAUGACCAAAGAACAGGCCGAAUUGAUAUUCGAAAUGGGAAUUCAGGAUGUUGAAGGGAAUCUCAAGAAAUUUCAAGAUGCAUAG